UCAAAAUCCUACUUGUAUUAGUUUGGAACAUUAAAUCAUUAAUCAUCAGAUAACCAAAAAUUCGAAUAAUUGGAAUGAAUAUUCCUUCCAAAUAAGGACAUAAUACUGCCACUUCAUACAUUAAAAUUCCUCAAAAAAAAUUGAUUCUUUCUCUACUUAACUAGUUUUGUGGCACUUUGUUCUUGUGCUUCCUACAGCUCAAUUUCAAAUAGAUUAUGCAUGCUAAAGAAGAAAACCCACUUCAAAAACAUAGAUAAUCUUGUAUUAAUUUGAAAGAUUCUAGCUUUUAAGGCUUAGCUUAGAGAAGAUAGAGAUGUUUAUGAAGUGGGUUUAUGCUAAUCUUGUUAUUUUGCUACUAAUUAUCUUAAAUGUUUCAGAAAUUUGUGAAGGGGGUAUAACAAGUAGCUUCUCAAGAAAAAGUAAUGAUCUUUCGAUUGAUAUGCCAUUAGAUAGCGAUGUUUUCCAAGUUCCUCCUGGUUAUAAUGCUCCACAACAGGUUCAUAUAACACAAGGAGACCACAUUGGUAGAGCUGUGAUCGUCUCUUGGACAACUCCAGACGAGCCUGGAUCAAACACGGUAACUUACUGGGCGGAAAACAGCACAGAAAAGAAACUUGCAGAAGGCAUUGUUCUUACUUACAAGUUUGUCAAUUACACUUCAGGCUACAUUCACCAUUGCACUAUACCGGGAUUAGAGUUUGAUACAAAAUAUUACUAUGAGGUUGGAUCUGGCAAUCCAUUGAGGCAAUUUUGGUUCCUUACGCCACCAGAACCUGGUCCUGAUGUCCCUUAUACUUUCGGUCUUAUAGGGGACCUUGGUCAAACACAUGAUUCAAACAGGACAGUUACACAUUACGAGUUAAACCCAAUGAAAGGCAAGACACUCCUGUUUGUUGGAGACCUAUCAUAUGCAGACAACUACCCAAACAAUGAUAAUGCAAGGUGGGAUACAUGGGGAAGAUUUAUUGAAAGAAAUGCUGCUUAUCAACCAUGGAUCUGGUCUGCCGGAAACCAUGAAAUAGAUUUUCUACCAAAAGUGGGUGAAACUAUACCUUUUAAGCCAUAUACAUAUCGGUUUCCAACACCGUAUCAAGCAUCACACAGUACUGCUCCUUAUUGGUACUCUAUUAAAAGAGCUUCAGCCCAUAUCAUAGUCAUGGCAUCCUACUCAGCUUUUGGGAAAUACACACCUCAAUACAAAUGGCUAAUGGAUGAACUGCCUAAGGUUAAUAGGACCGAAACCCCUUGGCUCGUUGUUGUAAUGCAUUGCCCAAUGUAUAGUAGUUACGUGCAUCAUUACAUGGAGGGAGAAACCAUGAGAGUCCUGUAUGAACCGUAUUUUGUCAAAUACAAGGUCGACGUCAUCUUUGCUGGUCAUGUACAUGCCUAUGAGAGAUCAGAACGUAUUUCCAACAUAGCAUAUAACAUCAGUAAUGGUGUAUGUGGUCCUGUCAGUGAUCAGUCAGCUCCAGUUUACAUAACUAUUGGAGAUGGAGGGAAUCUUGAAGGAUUGGUUUACGAGAUGACCCAACCACAGCCAGAGUACUCUGCUUAUCGCGAGGCCAGCUUUGGUCAUGGCAUUUUCGACAUCAAGAACAGAUCACACGCUUAUUUUGGUUGGCACCGUAAUCAAGAUGGAUAUGCUGUGGAAGCAGAUUCUUUAUGGCUUCACAAUAGAUAUUGGCAUCCUAUACAAGAAGAAGCUUCGGUUGCUUCAAUGUAACAAGAGUAAUUCUAUUUCUACAUGUUGCUGCUCAGUUUGGUCAUUGGCGCAUAUCAACAUGGUUGCUAAUCGGGGCCUUUCGUAAAAAAUGUUAAUGUCAAGAAUGUUGUCAAUUGUACUAGAAAAUAAUAGAGUAAUACUCCGUAUUUAGGAUGGAAUGUAGCUCUCCUAUAUGUACUUUGUACAAUAAUGUGAUUAAUGUAUACGUAUUCUGUACAAUAAUGUGAUUAAUGUACGUGCUUAUUCAAAUGACUACUACUCCGUAUGAAAGUAGAAAUUUUUUAGAAAGUAAAAGAAUGUAAAAUUGUUGGGUUGAUAAACUCAUGAAACGUAAAACAUUACAGUGUACUUUCUAUAUCGAA